CUCAUUUUAUCCGUUAAAAAAUAAUUUUUGAGGGAAUUUUUGACAGCUCACGGCGAAGUCAGGAGAUUUUGUGGUAUUUGUGAAAAAUAUGUUUUUAUCGCGAAAUAGGGGGAUUUUAUGCACAAAAAGUAUAGAUUUUGGUGUAAGAUCCAUCAGUGGGCACAUUCAGGAUGGUAAACUUGUGGAUCAACGUACGGGAAUCCUGCACAGAGCUUCCAAGUGUAACAUAACCUCAAAAAAUGGUGUGGAAAAUUUCCGGAGGUUCUCCACACAGCCCACCUCAGCUCUGUGGCAUGAUAAAAUUAAUUCAGACACACUGCCACAGAGUGCAGAUGUCGUGGUAUAUGGGGCAAGUAUUACAGGAGCAGCAGUGGCGUACAACUUAGCCAAGGCAGGAAUGGGUGGUCAGGUUGUUCUCCUGGAUCAGGAUACUCUCACAGAUGGACGUGCAUGGUUGGAGACAAGUGGGCUUGUGGGGGCGUUCAAGCCGACACUGACACAAGUGAAAAUUGUCCAGAAAUCUAUUCAGCUCUUCCAGGAGUUAACCGACAAAGGACUUCCGACUGGAUGGAGGCAGUGUGGAUCACUUAAUUUGGCCAGAACUCGCGAUAGAAUGACUGUAUUUAGGCGCAUGAAAUCCCAAAGUACAGGAUGGGGAAUUGAAUGUAGUAUUCUUACUCCGGAGCAAUGUAAAAAGAUCUUCCCACUUCUUGAGGUAUCUGACAUUUUGGGUGGAUUGUGGAUACCCAAAGAUGGUGUAGCGGAUACAACGCUCCUCUGUCAGAGUCUCCUACGUGAGGCACAGAAGAUGGGAGUGACGAUUGUGGAGAAGUGCGCGAUAAAGCACAUUGCUCAAGCUGAAGGACGUGGUCAGGCUAUUGAGACAUCUCUGGGAACAAUCUAUGGGACAUACUUUGUCAAUUGCGCCACCUUGCAUGCUCGUGAUAUAGGUCUUCUCUCGGAUCCAAUUGUCAAGGUCCCUCUUCAUGCUGCUGAGCACUACUUCCUGCACACAAAACCCGUAGAGGGGCUAUCAGCGGAUGCACCUGUGAUUCGUGAUCUCGACGGGAGAAUCUUCUUCCGGGAGAAUGAGGGAAGAAUCCUGGCUGGGGGCUAUGAACAAAAUGCCAAGCCGGCUUUUGAGGAUGGUGCAAUUCCCGCUAAUGCUGCUUCCAUGCAACUUCCCGUCGACUGGGAUCACUUCCACGUACUCCUUGAGGAGCUAAUUAAGCGCGUGCCAUGCCUAGAGGAAGCCGUCCUUGAGAGACUCUCCAAUGUGCCCGAAGUUUUCUCACCCGAUGGAAAAUGGAUUGUUGGGGAAAGUCCGGAAAUACAGAAUUACCUCGUUGCCACGGGAAGUCAGAGUGUUGCCUCUGCUGGAUUGAGCUAUGCCAUUGCGGAUAUUAUCACGCAAGGAUAUUCCUCCGUGGAUAUUCAUGAAUUGGAUAUUUCGCGCUUCCUCGGUCUUCACAAUAAUCGAAAGUUCCUUCGAGAGCGCGUGAGGGAAGUUCCUGGACUUCACUACGCCAUCCCCUAUCCGUUUCAGGAACUCGAUACGGGACGAACACUGCGUAUGUCACCGAUUUUCCCGGCCUUCAAGGAGGCAGGUGGUGUCUUUGGGCAGACAAUGGGCUACGAACGCCCGUCGUGGUUUGACCAGAAGCACUGUCUGGACGAUAAUGGGGUACCAAAGUACAGGGUAGCCGCCACGAGGACGUUUGGAAAGCCACCGUGGUUCAAUUUUGCUUCCGAAGAGUACAAUGCGUGCCGAGAGAAGAUUGGCCUGUGCGACUACAGCUCCUUCACGAAGGUAGAUCUCUGGUCGAAGGGACGUGAAAUUGUGGAUUUACUACAGCAUCUCUGCUCCAAUGACGUAGACGUCCCCGUGGGUACGAUCAUUCACACAGGAAUGCAAACGAAGCAGGGUGGGUAUGAGAAUGAUUGCAGUCUAGCACGUAUUGGUCCAAGUCACUACUUCAUGAUUGCACCGACAAUUCAGCAGACACGGUGCAAGGCAUGGAUUGAGCGGCAUAUGCCGCCAGGGGGGCAAAUCAGUCUCUCAGAUGUUACCUCCAUGUACACGGCUAUUUGCAUAAUGGGCCCCUUUUCGCGCAUUAUGCUGUCCGAAUUGACGGACACGGAUUUAGCCCCGAAGAACUUCCCCUUUUUCACGUAUCGCGAACUCGAUGUGGGUCUCGCCAAUGGGAUUCGGGCAUUUAAUUUAACGCACACCGGAGAGCUGGGAUUUGUUCUCUACAUCCCCAAUGAGUUCGCCCUGCACGUCUACACGAGACUCCUGGAGGCUGGGGAGAAAUACGGCAUACGGCAUUGUGGCUACUACGCCAUGAGGGCGCUACGUGUGGAGAAGUUCUUUGCCUUUUGGGGUCAGGAUCUCGAUACAUUCACAACACCCCUUGAGUGUGGCAGGAUGUGGCGCGUCAAGUUCGAUAAACCAUUUCACUUCAUUGGACGCGAUGCUCUCAUGAAGCAGCGCGAUGAGGGUGUGACACGACUCUAUGUGCAACUUUUGCUGAAUGAUCACGACUCUGAGGUGGAUAUGUGGCCAAUGGGGGGUGAACCAAUCUUCCGCAAUGGGGAUUUCUGUGGGCAGAUAACAACAGCAAGCUAUGGGUUUACAUUUAAGCGUCAAGUGUGCCUGGGUUUCGUGCAGAACCUCCAUCCGGAAACGAAUGAGCCGGAAAAGGUGACCAAUGAGUAUGUCCUGAGUGGGGAUUAUGAAAUUGAAAUUGCGGGAAUACGUUUUGGGGCAAAAGUAAAUUUGCAUUCACCGAAUCUACCCACAAAGUACCCAGAUCAGGAGCGUGAAGCAUACAAAGCGACCCGCGAUAAGAAUGACGAAUCAUCCGUAAUGGCGCCAAAACCUUCCUGGUAAAAAGCUCAAAUGGCUCAAAUUGAAAAAAAACGCCGCUUUUCGUGGCUUUUCCACGUUUGUAAUCGCAUCAAUUCUUAUUCUACAUAUUUUUUCAAAGUGUGGUAUCUUUUGAGUGAUAUUAAAUUUAUAAUAAAAAUGUAUUUUAUCUUUAGAAGAAGAAAAACUUACAGAGAUUUUGUAAAUAAAAAUAAAAGUUACGAAAAUACUUAAAAUUGAAAA